CUUCACCUCAAGCGAUGUUCCCAUGGAGGCCCUGGGAUACUUAGAAACAAAAGCCAGCCCGUCCGUGCCUGUCCAUCGGACGGAUCUGCAGUUACUGCUGUCUUGUGAAAUAUUAACUGUACCCCGUACGCUUUCCGUCAGUGAGAUGGCUCUCGGGCCAGAGGGCAUCAGGGAAGGAGCACUGGGUGAGAGUCUGGACACAGCUGCCCACAACCAGCCACGGACACGGCCCCUUGCAGUGGUCCCCGUGGCCUGCCUCCAGACCUCUCAGCCUCGAAAGCUGGAGAAAAGCCCGUCCAGAGGGAGCGGGAGCUGUGGAGCUGGAGCGGGGCCGUUGGCAUGGAGCCGUCGACGCGGAGGACGGCUGGCUCCAGGCAGGAGGAGGGCUUCGGGGGGCAGCCCAGGAAGGUCGUCAACGGGGGCAUGGCCCCCCACCUCCGGCGGAGCAACAGCAGCCUCUGCAAGAGCAAGAGGUCGCAGUUCCUCUUCGGCAACUGUGACAAGCAAGGAAACCUGAGUUCGUGGAUUCCUAAAAACAUCAAGAAGAAAGAAUGCAUGUACUUUGUGGAAAGCCCCAAGCUAUCUGAUGCUGGGAAGGUGGUGUGUGAGUGUGGCUACACACGUGAGCAGCACUUAGAGGAGGCCACCAGGCCGCGUGCCUUCCAGGGCAAGGAGUGGGACCCGAAAAAGCACGUCCAGGAGAUGCCCACAGACGCCUUUGGUGACAUCGUCUUCACAGGCCUGGGCCAGAAGGUGGGAAAGUAUGUCCGCAUCUCCCAGGACACACCCUCCAGCGUGAUUUACCACCUCAUGACCCAGCACUGGGGCCUGGACGACCCCAACCUCCUCAUCUCGGUGACAGGCGGGGCCAAGGACUUCAACAUGAAACCCAGGCUGAAGAGUAUCUUCCGAAGAGGCCUGGUCAAGGUGGCCCAGACCACAGGGGCCUGGAUCAUCACCGGGGGGUCCCACACGGGCGUGAUGAAGCAGGUGGGCGAGGCUGUGCGGGACUUCAGCCUGAGCAGCAGCUACAACGAAGGAGAAGUCGUCACCAUUGGAAUUGCCACAUGGGGCACCGUGCACAACCGGGACAGCCUCAUCCACCCCACGGGCAGUUUCCCUGCUGAGUACAUCAUGGAUGAGGAAGGCCAGGGGCACCUGACCUGCCUGGACAGGAACCACUCCCACUUCAUCCUUGUGGACGAUGGGACCCACGGCCGCUACGGGGUCGAGAUUCCCCUGAGGGCGAAGCUGGAGAAGUUCAUAUCGGAGCAGACCAAGGAAAGAGGGGGUGUGACCAUCAGGAUCCCUCUCGUCUGCGUGGUGCUGGAGGGCGGGCCCGGCACACUGCACACCAUCUACAACGCCAUCACCAACGGCACCCCCUGCGUGAUCGUGGCGGGCUCGGGCCGCGUGGCUGACGUCAUUGCCCAGGUGGCCGGCCUGCCCAUCUCUGAGAUCACCGUCUCCCUGAUUCAGCAGAAGCUGGGCAUGUUCUUCCAGGAGAUGUUUGAGACCUUCACCGAAAGCCGGAUUGUGGAGUGGACCAAAAAGAUCCAAGACAUCGUACGGAAGCGGCAACUGCUGACCAUCUUCCGGGAAGGCAAGGACGGCCAGCAGGACGUGGACGUGGCCAUCCUGCAGGCGUUGCUGAAAGCCUCUCGGAGCCACGACUACUUUGGCCACGAGAACUGGGGCCACCAGCUGAAGUUAGCGGUGGCGUGGAACCGUGUGGACAUCGCCCGGAGCGAGAUCUUCACCGAUGAGUGGCAGUGGAAGCCCUCAGAGCUGCACCCCAUGAUGACGGCUGCCCUCAUCACCAACAAGCCGGAGUUUGUGAGGCUCUUCCUGGAGAACGGGGUGCAGCUGAAGGAGUUCGUCACGUGGGACACCCUGUUCUACCUGUACCAGAACCUGGAGCCCUCCUGCCUGUUCCACUACAAGCUGCAGAAGGUGCUGGCCGAGGAGCCCGCCGCGCCCCGCCUGCAGCUGCACCACGUAGCCCAGGUGCUGCGGGAACUGCUGGGGGACUUCACGCAGCCGCUGUACCCCCGGCCCCGCUCCAGUGACCGGCCGCGGCUCUCGCUGCCCUUGCCCAACAUCAGACUCAACGUGCAGGGAGUGAGUCUCCGGUCCCUGUACAAGCGUUCACCAGGCCAUGCCGCCUUCACCAUGGACCCGGUCCGUGAUCUUCUCAUUUGGGCCAUCAUCCAGAACCGUCGGGAGCUGGCAGAAAUCAUCUGGGCUCAGAGCCAGGACUGCAUCACGGCAGCCUUGGCCUGCAGCAAGAUCCUGAAGGAACUGUCCAAGGAGGAGGAGGACACGGACAGCCUGGAGGAGAUGCUGGCGCUCGCUGACGAGUACGAGCAGAGAGCCAUCGGGGUCUUCACCGAGUGCUACCGGAAGGAUGAGGAGAGAGCCCAGAAGCUGCUGGUCCGCGUGUCGGAGGCCUGGGGGAAGGCCACCUGCCUGCAGCUGGCGCUGGAGGCCAAGGACAUGAAGUUCGUGUCUCAUGGGGGCGUCCAGGCCUUGCUGACCAAGGUGUGGUGGGGCCAGCUCUGCGAGGACAACGGGCUCUGGCGGGUGGUCCUGUGCAUGCUGGCCUUCCCACUGCUCUGCACCGGCCUCGUCUCCUUCAGGGAGAGGCGGCUGCAGGACGUGCGGGGCCUGCCCCGCAUCCGCGCCUUCUUCAACGCGCCCGUGGUCGUCUUCCACCUGAACAUCCUCUCCUACUUCGCCUUCCUCUGCCUCUUCGCCUACGUGCUCAUGGUGGACUUCCAGCCCGCGCCCUCAGGCUGCGAGUGCCUCAUCUACGUCUGGCUCUUCUCCCUGGUGUGCGAGGAGCUGCGCCAGCUCCUCUACGACCCUGACGAGUGUGGGCUGAUGAAGAUGGCCGCGCUGUACUUCAGCGACUUCUGGAAUAAGCUGGACAUUGGUGCCAUCCUACUCUUCAUCGCAGGGCUGACCUGCAGGCUCGUCCCGGGGCUGCUGUACCCCGGGCGCAUCAUCCUCUCCCUGGACUUCAUCAUGUUCUGCCUGCGGCUGAUGCACAUCUUCACCAUCAGUAAGACGCUGGGGCCCAAGAUCAUCAUCGUGAAGCGGAUGAUGAAGGAUGUCUUCUUUUUCCUGUUCCUGUUGGCUGUGUGGGUCGUGUCCUUUGGGGUGGCCAAGCAGGCCAUCCUCAUCCACAACGAGAGCCGGGUGGAGUGGAUCUUCCGGGGUGUUGUGUACCACUCCUACCUCACCAUCUUCGGGCAGAUCCCUGCCUAUAUCGACGGUGUGAACUUCAACCUGGACCAGUGCAGCCCCAACGGCACCGACCCCUACAAGCCCAAGUGCCCCGAGAGCGACAUGGCGCGGCAGGAGCCCGCCUUCCCCGAGUGGCUGACGGUCAUCCUGCUCUGCCUCUACCUGCUCUUCACCAACAUCCUGCUGCUCAACCUGCUCAUCGCCAUGUUCAACUACACGUUCCAGCAGGUCCAGGAGCACACAGACCAGAUCUGGAAGUUCCAACGCCACGACCUGAUAGAGGAGUAUCAGGGCCGGCCCCCCGCGCCGCCCCCAUUCAUCCUCCUCAGCCACCUGCACCUCUUCGUCAGGAGGGUCGUCCUGAAGAUCCCCUCCAGGCGGCACAGGCAGCUCAAGGACAAGCUGGAGAAGAACGAGGAGGCGGCCCUCCUGUCCUGGGAGAUGUACCUGAAGGAAAGUUACCUGCAGAGCCAGCAGCUCCAGAAGAAGCAGCGCCCAGAGCAGAAGGUCCAGGACAUCAGUGAGAAGGUGGACACCAUGGUGGACCUGCUGGAAAUGGCACGUCUGAAGCGGCUGGGCUCCAUGGAGCAGAGGCUGGUCUCCCUGGAAGAGCAGGUGGCCCAGACGACCAGAGCGUUGCACUGGGUUGUGAAGAGCCUGCGGGCCAGCGGCUUUGGCUCGGAGGAGGGCGUCCCCACCCUGGUACCCCAGAAGGUCUCGGAGGGGCAGGACCCUGAGCUGGACAGAGGGCAGAAGGCAGAGGACCCGGGUGACGCGUACCACGUGAACGCCCGGCACCUCUUCUACCCUGGCUCCUCGGUCCUGCGUUUCCCAGUGCCCAACGAGAAGGUGCCCUGGGAGGUGGAGUUCCUCAUCUACGACCCGCCCUUUCACACGGCCGACAGGAGGGACAAGGACUCGGUGGACCCCAUGGGAGAUGCCCUGGAGCCUCUGUCCAGGAUCAGCUACAACGCGGUGGACGGACACCUGGACCGACGCAGCUCCCACGGGACCUACGCCGUCCGGGACGGGCUCCCUCUGAACCCCAUGGGCCGCACCGGGCUGCGUGGGCGCGGGGGCCUCAGCUGCUUUGGCCCCAACCACACACUGCAGCCUGUGAUCACCCGGUGGAAGCGGAACCAGGACGGCGCCAUCUGCAGGAAAAGCAUAAAGAAGAUGCUGGAAGUGCUGGCAGUGAGACCCCCCCUCUCGGAGCACUGGGCCCUGCCCGGGGGAUCCCGGGAACCGGGAGAGACACUGCCCCGGAAGCUGAAGCAGGUCCUCCGGAGAGAGUUCUGGCCUUCCUUUGAGAACUUGCUGGCGCAGGGCACGGAGGUGUACAAAGGGUACGUGGAUGACCCGAGGAACACCGACAACGCCUGGAUCGAGACAGUGGCUGUGAGCAUCCACUUUCCAGACCAGAGCGAUGUGGAGCUGAAAAGGCUGAACUCUCACCUGCACUCCUGCGACACAGGGAUGUCCAUCCGAUGGCAGGUGGUGGACAGGCGCAUCCCGCUGUACGCCAACCACAAGACCAUUCUCCAGAAGGUGGCCGCCUUGUUCGGGGCUUACUACUAACCCGGGGACGCAGGCCGGGCAGCUCGGCCAGGCAGGCGGGGCUCUUCCAGCCAUGGCCCCCUUGGAGACUGCAGGGGACAGAGGCCAACACCGGCCACUGAGGCACACGCAGCCCUGGACCUCAGGCAGGCGAGGGCGCUGCGGGGACGCCGUGCAGUGUGGUUUGGGGAUCUGCCGCCCUCACGGCCAGCUCGGGUGGCCAGCUUGUGAACUGGAAGGCAUUGGGGUGCCCUGAGAGGAGAGCCAAGUGGGGCACCAGCUGGCUCCGGCCACCCGGCAUUGCCACUGGGACCCUACCUGCCAACGCUGCCUCUCCUGAUUCUGCUCGGCCCUCGGCCUGGACUCAGUUCCCUCCUGGCUGUGUCCCGUGGGCAGCGCGUCCACCACAAGAGGUACAUCGCCCAAGGCCUGGAUUUCCUGGAGAGCCAGGAUCCCCUUGUGGCCCCCUCCUUGGACCCACGCCCCCGAGAUGCCCUCCACUGUGACCUAAUGUGGACCCUCACCUGGCCCAGGGCAGGGCACCACAGGAACCCAGUUCCCCGGGCUGUGAGCCCUUAGCGGGCCGGGAGGUGCGGCAUGCUCGGGCCUUCUCCUGAGACGCAGAGGUCCCUGCCGGUGCGCCGUCCCGGGACCCAGGCGGGGAGGCGCAGACGCACGGCGUGGCAGGGCCCUCCCAUGGCCCAGACUCCUCUCUUCCCUCUUCCACCCCAAGAGCCCAGGGAGGGGUGGCGGUGGGUGUGGCCUGAGGGGAGGCCGUCCAGUUCAGCAUCAGUGACUCACAGACCAUCAGCAUCAACCACCAGGGCCUGUUGGGGCCAGGAAUGGUGUGCAAACCCAACGUCGAAUCCGCUUUCCCAUGUCAGCCCGGCCGGCCUCCUCUGUGCUUCCCUCAGAUACAGUGCACAUGUGGGCAGUGGUCAGGCCAUGUCUGCACCGCCGAAACCUUUUUGCCAGGCCGAGGUCCAGGCUGCAGUCCCCUCAGGUCCAAGCCCCUCAGGUCCAAGGCUCACGGUUUCUCCUCUGAUCACCCCCCACCCCACAGACACACACGUGGACUCCCUCUUCCCAUUUUCUGAGGCCCAGGUUCUGGCCUCCCCAGAGGGGGCUCAGUCCCUGGUGCACCCCACCCCCCACAGUGCUCAGAGACUGUGGAGCUUUGGGAAUCACGUAUCCAGUCAAACUAGCGUUCAUGUAGUAGCACCAAAUAAAGACAUUUUAAAAUUGUAAGGACCAAGAAA